AUGGAGAGUGAUCCCGCUCGCUCGUUCCCAUAUGGAGAUGAUGAAGCCUACUGUCCGCCCUUUCACCGGGUGGAUUCAACAAGGAGCAGGAGCAUGAGUAUCGUGUCCGAUGUCGAAAUGGCCCACGAUGAGGUCUAUGCCGGUCCUGUUUCUGAGAGUAUACCUUCCAGCGUCGCGUCUUUCGUUCAUCGCCGGUCGCGGCGGGAGUCGACUGUCAGUUUCACGUAUUUUGAGGAGAGCACGGAGACUCCCGAUUGGAUUGACGAAAACGCCGUGGUGGAUGAAAGUGAGCUAGAACUUGGUGACGAUGUGGAUGGAGAUAUCGAUAUGGGAAUAUCAAGAGGCUCGCUCCACUUUUUGGACCGUUCGCGCUCACGGAGCUCAGUGGAACAUCCUUUACUGCAGGGAGAGGACCCAGGCCGUGAACGGUAUACAGCUCCACCCUCCGGUGAAACUGUCAGCCAGAAGGUUUAUAUUGUGACUGAAGAUUUAACUGCCGUAAUCGCUGGGUUUUCUACAAGUACCGUCGGCUCUACCGUAUACCUAGCCAUCUGUUUUUUAACGUUUGGUCUUGGCUACCUCGUAUUCAGAUGGCUCCCUCGAUGGCGUAUCAGGCUUAUCGGGCACCCAGAGACAUUACAACGCUGUCAAUGGGUUGCGAUUGAGGAUCAAUGGGGCCAAUUCACCAUUGAAGAUGUCACAAAUACAAGUUAUGAUCGCCCAUUAUCUACAGUGUUUGGUCCUUCUUGCAAAGAAGCCGAAUUCCCAAUGUUUGAAGACGACAAUGAUCCACUACUGCCAUACCUGCGCUUUGUAGAUUACCAUUACGUUCGCUUUUGCUACCAACCUCUGGAGGAUAAGUUCAUGCAUACUGGGGAUUGGAAAGAUCCUAUGUGGGCCAAUGUGAAAUCUCUAAGAGAAGGCUUAGAUGCGGAUGAGAGGGACCGCCGAGAGCAAGUAUUUGGCCAAAACAUUAUCGAUAUUCAUCAAAAAUCUACACUCCAGAUUAUGAUUGACGAAGCAUUUCACCCUUUUUAUCUAUUUCAAGUUGCCAGUUUAAUUCUGUGGUCACUGGAUGAAUACUACUAUUAUGCUGCAUGUAUUUUUCUCAUUUCGAUAUUUAGUAUCGGUGCAACAACAUUUGAAACAAAGUCGGCUAUGGAACGCCUGAGAGAUAUAUCACACUUUGAGUGUGAUGUGAGAGUCUUACGAAGCGGAUUUUGGAGGCCGAUACCUUCGCGAGACCUAGUUCCUGGGGAUGUAUUCGAAAUCUCCGAUCCCUCUCUUACACAGGUACCCUGCGAUUGCCUGCUUUUAUCUGGAGACUGCAUCGUGAAUGAGAGCAUGCUUACAGGUGAAUCUGUGCCGGUCUCAAAGCUGCCCACCACCAACGACGCUCUGGCUUCUCUAAAUUUAAAUGCGCCAUCCGUUCAACCCAGCGUUGCCCGACAUUUCCUCUUUUGUGGCACUCGCAUCAUUCGCGCAAGGCGCCCUCAGGGCCCCGAGGCAGAUGAGGCCGCUGCCUUAGCUAUGGUUGUAAGGACUGGGUUUAAUACAACUAAAGGCGCGCUUGUCAGAUCAAUGCUGUUUCCAAAGCCUUCCGGUUUUAAAUUCUACAGAGACUCCUUUCGAUAUAUUUUAGUUAUGAGCUUUGUUGCUGGCCUUGGUUUCAUUGCUUCAUUCGUAAACUUUCUUCGGCUUGGGGUCUCAUGGCACACAAUAAUUGUCCGGGCUCUCGACCUCAUUACUAUUGUAGUGCCACCAGCCCUCCCCGCAACUCUCACAAUCGGUACCAAUUUUGCCCUUUCUAGGCUAAAGAAACAGGAGAUUUUUUGUAUUAGCCCGCAGAGAGUCAACGUGGCUGGGAAGCUUGACGUUGUUUGCUUUGAUAAAACCGGGACACUCACAGAAGAUGGACUUGACGUCUUGGGAGUUAGACUCGUCAACCAAGACUUCAGGUUCAGUGAUCUAUUGAGCGAUUCUUACUCAAUACUUCCAUACCCUUUGCAUGAAAGAGAUCCGACAAUAGAUUACAACUUCAAUGCUGCUAUUCUUUAUACAAUGGCAACUUGCCAUACCUUAAAAAUCCAUGAUGGUGAAUUGAUAGGCGAUCCGCUAGAUGUUAAAAUGUUUGAGUUCACAAAUUGGUCUUACGAAGAAGGAAACCAUGCUUUAGAUGCAGAUGAAGAAGCAGGAAAAUUCAUUCCCUCUGUUGCACGUGCCCCAUCCGCUUCAGCAUCCAGUGCUCCGGGAGGUGAAACUCAUCUUCCUACAGAGCUAUCUAUUCUGAGGACUUUUGAAUUUGUCUCGCAACUUCGCCGAUCUAGUGUAAUAGUACGGGAACCCGGUGACCCAGGUAUUACCAUCUUCACUAAGGGAGCUCCAGAGUCGUUCAUGGACAUAUGUACCCCAAAGUCAUUGCCCCCCGAUUUUACAGAGCUUCUCAACUUUUACACCCAUCGUGGAUAUCGCGUCAUUGCCUGCGCAACAAAACACAUAGAAGAUCUCGAUUGGGCCAGUGUUGUGAGACUAGCUCGGUCGGAAGUCGAAUCUGAUCUCAAUUUCAUUGGUUUCAUUGUAUUUGAGAAUAAACUAAAGCCAAAUACUGCAGGCGUAAUCAAAGAAUUACAUUCUGCAAACAUUCGGAAUGUUAUGUGCACUGGAGACAAUAUUCUUACUGCAAUUAGUGUUGCCCGAGAAUCUGGAUUUAUUCAAGACUCUUCUCAUUGCUUUUUUCCUUAUUUCGUCGAAGGGAGCCCAUAUGACCCCAAAGCUCGCUUACGUUGGGAGAGCACGGACAAUCCGGAUUAUCGGCUAGAUGAGUAUACGCUGAAGCCUCUGCAAUCUCCUACCACACCCGAUGUUUCGGUUCCAUACCAUAACUAUAACGGGUUUAAGUACUCUAUUGCAGUAACCGGAGAUGUAUUUCGGUGGGUGGUUGAUUACGGGUCUGAAGAAGUGCUUAAUAAGGUAAUAAUCAAGAUAUAUCUACUAGCUCAGGCAUCUGACGAUAUUCAGAUGCUAGUUCACGGUCAGGUCUUUGCGCGUAUGUCACCUGAUGAGAAACAUGAGCUUGUUGAAAAGCUACAGUCCCUUGAUUAUGUUUGUGGAUUCUGUGGUGAUGGUGCGAAUGACUGUGGCGCUUUAAAAGCGGCAGAUGUUGGUAUUUCGUUAUCAGAAGCAGAGGCUUCUGUAGCUGCCCCGUUCACUAGUAGGGUAUUUGAUAUAUCAUGUGUCCCAAGACUUAUCAGAGAGGGAAGGGCGGCACUUGUCACAAGCUUUUGCUGUUUCAAAUACAUGAGCCUUUAUUCCGCGAUUCAGUUUACUUCGGUCAGCUUUCUUUACGCAUCCGCAUCAAACUUGGGUGAUUUUCAAUUCCUUUACAUUGAUCUUGCUCUCAUUUUGCCAAUUGCAAUUUUUAUGGGUUGGAUCGGGCCUUACUCAAAACUCUGUCGAAAACGCCCCACAGCCAAUCUCGUUUCUCGAAAAGUCCUAACGCCGCUUUUGGGUCAAAUAAUCAUUUGUAUCCUUAUACAAUUUAUAGCCUUCGAAACAGUUCAAAAACAAAAAUGGUAUAUUCCCCCAAAACUUAACUUGAACGACACCAGUAUAGAAAAUUCGCAAAAUUCCGCCUUGUUUCUCGUAUCAUGCUUCCAAUACAUAUUUGCCGGCUUGAUAUUGAGUGUAGGUCGACCAUUCCGCCAGCCAAUGACCUCAAAUGUGCCAUUUGUUGCCGUUAUUAUUGUGACUAUCUUGAUAUCUUCCUAUAUGCUCUUCCAGCCAGCAGAUUGGCUUUUUAGUCUGAUGCAGCUGACGUACAUGUCAACUCUUUUUAAGACUUGGCUAGUUCUGCUUUCUUUAGGAGGCUUUGCUGUUGGGUAUAUUUCAGAGGAGCAUCUUUUCUUGAGUCUUUCUAGGGUAAUUGGUAUUGCCUACCGGACAUGCUGUCCCAACGAGCAAAAGAAGAGGCGCCGAUAUAAAACGCUUCUAGAAGAGCAGCUCAGCUGA